UGUUACGUUUAGUUGCUUAGUGAUCAAGUUAUAAGGCUCGUUUUAUCAGAUACAAGCGUGCAAUGUGAUUUCUACUAAUCUACUCAAAACUGAUGCUGUGAUUGUCUUGGCCCCUUGUGAUUUGUGACAAUGGCGGGAAAGUAUGAAAAGGUUGAUGAUAGCGGCUUAGUUAGCAUCGAGGAAGAAGAUAACAGGGCAGAUCCAGACGCAGAGUACACCAAAGUUCCACAAUGGAAGACAGUUUUCACUUUAUUCGUUCUUUUCAUUAGUACUGUUAUUUCUAUGAAUCUCCCUAUAGAGGCAAAAGAAGGGCGAGCUGCCUGUGUGAUAUUAGCUACAGCAAUGUUAUGGAUGACAGAGGCUGUGCCACUAAUGAUCACUGCUCUGUUACCUGCUAUUAUGUUCCCCAUGGUCGGCAUCAUGGACACCAAGGAGGUCAGUGCGAAGUAUUUCAACUAUGUAAGUAUGUUGAUGAUGGGUACAUUCCUGGUAGCUGAAAGUGUAGAAGCGUGUGGUCUGCACAAAAGGAUAGCUCUGAAGAUCUUAUCACUACUGGGUCGAGGAGAAGCACUCCUGAUGCUGGGAGCUAGUCUUUGUACCUGGAUACUCUCCAUGUUUAUGAGCAACACCGCUACAACCGCUAUGAUGCUCCCUAUAGUCGGCUCCAUACUGCAGAGUUUACGAGAGAUAAACCACUCACUAGGAGAGGAUCUGUUAACAGUUCACUUUGACAAGGAAUCUCCCGGAGAUAAGGAUCACAGCACAACAGUGGACAUAAUACGAGCAGAUGGUUCACGUCCAGACUCAAAAGGCUUCAAAUGGUUCUGUAAAGGACUUCUACUCUGUGUUCCGUACGGAGCAUCCAUCGGUGGCAUCGCUACAUUAACAGGGACUCCUCCAAACCUGGUCCUGAAGUCCAUCUUCGAGGCAACAUUCCCCGGACAGAAGUCAGUGGAUUACCAGACGUGGUUCACAGUAGCAUUCCCUCUGUCUCUUAUCCUGGUGUUCGCAGGGUGGACACUACUUUGUUUAAUAUACGCGAGGAGUAGUUACUGGUACCUGAUUACGGGGAAAUUCAUAUGGGAUAAAUCAGGCAAGAACAAAGAGGUACAGAAAUGGAGCUACGUGAACAAAGCGAUCAGGAAGGAGUAUAAGAAGCUAGGUGGUCUGAGAUUCCCUGAAAUCCUCCUCCUCCUCAUGCUACUUCUUCUCAUCUUUCUGUGGCUUUUCAGAAAACUUGAAGGCUUCGAUGGUUGGGCUGAGGUUCACGCGAAAGCGAUCGGAAAUAUGAAAGAAAAUGGUCAAUACAAGAUCUACCUGAAGGAUGCGUGGGUUGUUAUAACUCUAGGACUGUUCCUGUUCAUUAUUCCUGCAGAGAAUCCUUUCAGAGGAAUUCUCAAAUUUAAACCUCCUCCAGGUGGAAAGAGGUUCACGAGAGUAAAGAGGUUACUUGAUCUGGAAACUGUGAUGAAGAAAACACCUUGGGAUGUACUGUUUAUUCUGGGUGGUGGGUACGCUAUCGCUGCUGGUUGUAAGGAUUCAGGACUAUCAGCCUGGAUCGGAGAACAGUUUAGUUUCCUCCACAACAGCCCCCAUGUCGUGAUCGCACUGGUGGUUUCCUCUUUUGUAGCGGUACUCACCGAGUUCGCUUCAAACACCGCCUCUACUACCCUACUUCUACCAGUUCUAGUGUCGCUUAGUCAGGCUAUCACUGUUCACCCAUUGUACCUAAUGAUGACUGGGACCCUAUCAGCUUCACUUGCCUUCUGUUUACCUUCUGCUACUGGGCCUAAUGCGCUAGUGUUCGCCUACCCUGAGAUUAAAGUUAUUGAUAUGAUCAGAACAGGACUAGUAAUGAACUUUGUGUGUGUGUUAUUAACAGUAGCAGCUACUUCUACCUGGGUCUACACCAUGCUAGACUUAUCAGAGUACCCUUGUUGGGCAGAUCCAAACGACAACAUAACAUGUACCUUCACACCAUAACAUGUACCUUCACAUUAUAACAUGUACCUUCACAUCAUAACAUGUACCUUCACAACAUAACAUGUACCUUCACAAUAUAACAUGUACCUUCACAACAUAACAUGUACCUUCACACCAUAACAUGUACCUUCACAUUAUAACAUGUACCUUCACACCAUAACAUGUACCUUCACAUCAUAACAUGUACCUUCACAUCAUAACAUGUACCUUCACAACAUAACAUGUACCUUCACAAUAUAACAUGUACCUUCACAUCAUAACAUGUACCUUCACACCAUAACAUGUACCUUCACAACAUAACAUGUACCUUCACACCAUAACAUGUUUACCUUCACAUCAUAGCAUGUACCUUCACAUCAUAGCAUGUACCUUCACACCAUAACAUGUACCUUCACACCAUAACAUGUACCUUCACAACAUAACAUGUACCUUCACACCAUAACAUGUACCUUCACACCAUAACAUGUACCUUCACAACAUAACAUGUACCUUCACAACAUAACAUGUACCUUCACAACAUAACAUGUACCUUCACAACAUAACAUGUACCUUCACACCAUAACAUGUACCUUCACAACAUAACAUGUACCUUCACAACAUAACAUGUACCUUCACAACAUAGCAUGUACCUUCACAAUAUAACAUGUACCUUCACAACAUAACAUGUACCUUCACACCAUAACAUGUACCUUCACACCAUAACAUGUACCUUCACAUUAUAACAUGUACCUUCACAUCAUAACAUGUACCUUCACAACAUAACAUGUACCUUCACAACAUAACAUGUACCUUCACAACAUAACAUGUACCUUCACACCAUAACAUGUACCUUCACAACAUAACAUGUACCUUCACACCAUAACAUGUACCUUCACACCAUAACAUGUACCUUCACAACAUAACAUGUACCUUCACAACAUAACAUGUACCUUCACAACAUAACAUGUACCUUCACAUCAUAACAUGUACCUUCACACCAUAACAUGUACCUUCACAACAUAACAUGUACCUUCACAACAUAACAUGUACCUUCACAACAUAACAUGUACCUUCACACCAUAACAUGUACCUUCACAACAUAACAUGUACCUUCACACCAUAACAUGUACCUUCACACCAUAACAUGUACCUUCACAACAUAACAUGUACCUUCACAACAUAACAUGUACCUUCACAUCAUAGCAUGUACCUUCACAACAUAACAUGUACCUUCACACCAUAACAUGUACCUUCACAACAUAACAUGUACCUUCACAACAUAACAUGUACCUUCACACCAUAACAUGUACCUUCACAACAUAACAUGUACCUUCACAUCAUAACAUGUACCUUCACACCACAACAUGUACCUUCACAACAUAACAUGUACCUUCACACCAUAACAUGUACCUUCACACCAUAACAUGUACCUUCACAAUAUAACAUGUACCUUCACACCAUAACAUGUACCUUCACAACAUACAUGUACCUUCACACCAUAACAUGUACCUUCACCAUAACUGUACCUUCACAACAUAACAUGUACUUCCACAACGACUAACAUGUACCUUCACAACAUAACAGUACUUCACACCAUAACAUGUACUUCACAACAUAACAUGUACCUUCACAACAUAACAUGUACCUUCACUACAUAACAUGUACUUCACACCAUAUCAUGUACCUUCACACCAUAACAUGUACUUCACACCAUAACAUGUACCUUCACACAUAACAUGUACCUUCACAACAUACAUGUCACCUUCACACAUAACAUGUACCUUCACACCAUACAUGUACCUUCACACCAUAACAUGUACUUCACACCAUAACAUGUACCUUCACACCAUAACAUGUACCUUCACACCAUUAACAUGUACCUUCACAACCAUAACAUGUACCUUCACAACAUAA